AUGCCUGUGACCAAAGUAUAUCAGUUGCAUCAUCGAACAUUUCAAUUGUGCAAACUCUACCUUAACGGUCUUCAUCGAGCAUUCUAUUGCAACUCAAAUUGCAAGAUUUCGGUAUUAUUUGAUAAUCCAAGUACUCUAACUUCACGAUCCUACAUUUUUUCAACCUUAUCGUCACUUGGUGAUUGCACUGUUUCAAUUGACGACUUUAGAAGUUUGAAGAACAAUCUAAAUUCUACACAAACCUCAAUUUGGCCUUAUCUUUUGCAGUAUGCUGCGUCAAAUGAUUGUCCUGAACUAAGAAAGUCUUUGACAGACUACAUUUUGAACGAUAAACACGAACACACUAAUACUACGUUAGUCAACACAUUACGUCUUCUAGCUAUUCAAAGACGUUAUACAGAUUUCAAAAAUUUAUACACGGAACUGUUAGUCCGAUUGGAUCCUUUGGAGAAAAAAGUUUUCCUUCGUGAAUUUAUCAGGCUGGUAUCAAGAACACCAUUUUGGAGGGAAUCACUAGACUUAUUAUUAUCUCCGGAGUUGGAAGAAUGUGACACUUCAUCUUUUUAUCACAAUAUGUGUUCGUCUGCUUUAAGGUUUGAUGACUUCUCUGAUGUAUUUGAGUGUAUGCAUCGACUAAAACAUUCUCCGAAGGAUUUUGUUUUCUUGGAUUUUUUUAAUAAAUUGAAUGGAUUAGAAGAGAAGGAAGCUGUUAAUUUAAUUGACCAGUUAUUUCAGCUUAUAAGUGCUCAUGGAUGGAUAAUGACUUCCCCGGUCGUUAAACAUAUUCAACUCUGGUUUUCCAAUUCAGCAAGUAAGAAUUGGGUAGGAGAUCUAUCUGCCCAUAUUAGUGACAGAGGUUAUUCAUGUUCGGUAUGCAACGGUAGUUUACCGCUACCAGAUAUGUCACAGUUCCAGUUUUCGGAAAUGGCUGAUAAAUUUUACGAGACUGUUCUGAAGGGGACAGAUGUUGAUGAUUUGUUUAUCUCAGGGUUGUCAGAUGAAGUUGUUACAGUGAAACGGUUUCUUGACUCUCAAACAGAACCUUUAGAUUGUAUUAUUGACUUUCUGAAUCUUAUAAAUCUUCGGAGAAAUUUUUCUGUUUCAGGAUUUUUCGUUGCCGAGGUCCUUAGAAAACUCAACAGAGACUUCAAUCUGCGACGUUUUUGUUUUGUCAGCAAAGGAAAUACAAUUUUACACAACCGGCGAUUUUGGGAGGUGAUCAAAACAUUAGGAGAUCAGUUAGGAAUAUCUGUUCAUAAAUUUUGUACAAAUGUCACGUCUGAGGACGAUGCAUUCCUCCUUUAUAUGGCUUUAAAAUCUGGUCCACAAUGUUAUAUCUUGUCUCAGGAUCAAUUUACUAACUAUCGUUUUUCAUCAGGUCCGGAAUUAGGAGAAAAAAUCUCUAGAUGGCAGUCGCUUAGACAAAUUGUACUUCUGAACAGCGGUCCAAUUUAUCAGAAACCUUCAAAGUGCGACCUGCGUGUACAUGGUAACGUAGAUAAUGGUUGGCAUAUUCCAUAUUACAGUGGAGAGUUGAAGAUUUUUCACGCUGCAGUUAACUCAUGGCUUUGUUUACGUCGUCUCAAGUAA